CGGCGGCGGCAGAGACGGAACCGGCACCGGCACCAGCACCGGCAGCUCCUCCAUCACCGCCGGGCCCUCCAACACCGCCGGGCCCUCCAGCACCGCCGGGCCCUCCAACACCGCCCCCUCCGCCAUGAACUCGCUGCUCUUCGGGGAGAUGGCCCGCGCCUUCUCCCCCGCCGCCGCCGCCGCCGCCUCCUCCUCCUCGCUGGGCCCCGGCGGCGGCGGCCCCGCGGCGGCCGGGGGGGGCCCUCCGGUGACGGCGGCGCUGCGGAACGACCUGGGCUCCAACAUCCACCUGCUGAAGGGGCUGAACGUGCGGUUCCGCUGCUUCCUGGCCAAGGUGCACGAGCUGGAGCGGCGGAACCGGCUGCUGGAGAAGCAGCUGGCGGCCCAGCAGAGCGAGCGCGACCGGCGGCUGCGCUACAAAACCUUCUCCCGGGACCAGGCGGUGCAGACGGACGGCGGGAGCCCGGCCCUGCUUCCUCCUCCUGGUCCCGGGCACGGGGCUCUGCCCUCGCCGCCGCACUACGGCCGCUUGCCCGGUACCAUCUGGAGCUACACCCAGGUGCGGCGCACCGGAGGCGGCGGCCUGGAGACCGUGCAGGGCCCCGGCGUGUCCUGGGUGCACCCGGACGGGGUCGGGGUGCAGAUCGACACCAUCACCCCCGAGAUCCGCGCCCUCUACAACGUGCUGGCCAAAGUCAAGCGGGAGCGAGACGAGUACAAGAGGAAAUGGGAGGAGGAGCUGAGCAGGAGGAUGAGCCUGGAAUCCAUGGUGGAAACCUUGAGAGAGGAGGCCCAGGAAGCAGAAGCUCUCCAGGAGGAGCUGAAUGAGAAGAUUGAGAGGCUGAAAGCAGAGCUGGUGGUCUUUAAGGGUCUGAUGAGUGAUCCCAUGACAGACCUGGACACAAAGAUCCAAGAAAAGGCCAUGAAGGUGGACAUGGACAUCUGCCGCCGAAUCGAUAUCACGGCCAAGCUGUGCGAUGUCGCGCAGCAGCGCAACUCGGAAGACGUUUCCAAGAUUUUCCAGGUGGCCUCCAAGAAGAAGGAGAGGAAGCUGGCGUCGGACGAGGAGCUGUCGGAGCAGGACGCGGACAACGGGAGGUUCUCGGAUGAGGAGGUCAGCUGCUCCCUCAACAUCACUGAUGAGAUGAAGAGGAUGUUCAACCAGCUGCGGGAGACGUUUGAUUUCGAUGACGAUUGUGACAGUUUGACGUGGGAGGAGAACGAGGAGACGCUGCUGCUUUGGGAAGAUUUCACCAACUGCAACCCCUCCAUCGACCUCCAGGGAGAGGAAGAAAACCUGGGAAAUUUGAUCCACGAAACAGAAUCCUUCUUCAAAACUCGAGACAAGGAAUACCAGGAGACAAUAGGGCAGAUAGAGCUGGAGCUGGCCACAGCCAAGAGCGACAUGAACCGACACCUGCACGAGUACAUGGAGAUGUGCAGCAUGAAACGGGGGCUGGACGUGCAGAUGGAAACGUGCCGCCGGCUCAUCAAGGGCUCAGCAGACAGGAAUUCUCCAUCCCCCAGCUCCGUAGCCAGCAGCGACUCAGGAAACACAGACGAAAUCCAGGACGAUUUGGACAGAGAGACGGACGUGGAGCCCAUGGUCAGCUGAUAGGAAAUGGGAAGAAAAUUCAGAUUUCCAAACCAAUUGCUGGGGGAAAAGGUGAAAAAACUGGAGAGCCCCUGCAGAGGAACUCUGAUUCCUACACAAAUCCCCUCCCUCCCAAGGAUUGGUGCUGUACAUUUCUAUUCUUCAAAGCAUAAAUGCAGAAUUCUGUAGGAAAAAACGGUGUUUUAAAUGUGCCUUUGCCCCAAGCUGAGCCACUUGGAGCUCCAGUGGAAUAUUAAUAGCAGGUGUUUUUAUAAAAAGAAAUAAAUGUAUAUAAUUUAAAAUAAAAAGCAAACAACCAAAGGGGGUUUUGGUAGCAGAGGAUGGUGAUGGAGAAGCUCUGGGUGUUUCAAUUUUGUUGAACUGCUGAAUUGAUUGGUAAAACAACACUUUUGGCAAAAAAAAAAGAGAUGAUUGUGGUGUAAUUAGGA